AUGGGCUGCUGCGCCAUCAGCUACGGUCGAUGUCCUUCGCCCCCGUCCUUACUUUGUGACCCCACGAGGGGGGACUUCAGGAAUGGCCCGUUCCCAGAAGCUUGGGGUCCUUCAAUGGUCGGCGCGCUUCCGCGCGGCGCAGGCAUUCGCAAGUCUCGGUUUGCCGUCGCCGUGGAAGAGGAGGCGCAGGAGAAGGAGGAGGAGCCUGGGGACACUCGAAUCAGUGACUCGCGGCACGACGGUGGAUAUGUUUCUCCUUGCGUUUUUGCGGUGGUUGCAGUGUUUGUCGUCCCCUGUUCAGGGCGAUGGCGCAGGGUGCCUGGCAUCACAGUUGAUCCGCCACGAGGGGUGAGCUUCAUCAUGACGCCGAGGCGCGCGUCAUAUAUCUGGUUGAGGGGAGUAAUUCGUUGA